GUGGCGCGAACAGUCUCUUUUGCGUCGUGGGGGGGGGUCGUCAAUUUAGCCCCUUUGUUGCUAGAUUUACCGAUUUUUCUUUGUCACAACCCUUCAGUGAGUUUUUCUUCACGAAAGCACCUGGCGCCAAAAUCAAGCGGCUUUCUGGGCAAACCGUAGCUACUUCCCGUAGAAGAGAGCCGCCGGUAUUGCCGCGUGAGCGCGAGGUCGGGCUUUCCCUCCGCCGCAGGCACACCCCUCUAUGCGUCUCAACCGACAGAGACGUGAACGAGCCUCUAACUUUCCCUGUAAGUGAAAAUGUAGCCGCCGAAAUCACAGCCCAGCAGUUCUCUUUAACUUAAGCAUGAGGUGAUUUUGUCGGAUGACAAAGCAGCUCGGAAAUGGCUUUGAAGUGACUGCUGGCUAACGUGUAGCCUCAAUAAUCGUGUCAGUCACUUUUUCAGACUUGUUCCGUUGUCUGGCAACCGAAACAGAAAAACACAUAAAUGAGAGCAGCUUUUUUGGGGGGAAUUGGGCUGUAUUAAAUGACUGCAUAUGUGAGCACAGAGAGUAGGAGAGAAGCAAAGAAAUAAAUGGCGGUCUAGCCAUAUACUAGGUAUUUAAAGUAUCGUUAUUUCCCAAGCAUGCUUAGCUAGCAGCCUUGGAGGGCGAAGACCGGGAAUUUUGAUGAAAAACAAACUCAGAGUGAUUCUUAACCGAAAACAGAAUCUAAUCGGAGACCUAGCUACUCCGAUACUGGACCUGCACCCGCGAACAAUAAGAGGAGCUUGGCCACUUGGCCACACCGUCUGUAGUGGAAGACCUGAACCCCAGUGGGAGAAAAUAUCGCGUUGUUAUUGAACAUUUUGCUGCCCUGAAGAACAGUGGUCGUCUCCAAAUACGUGCAGGCGAAUGAACUUAUCGAAGGGGCCAUUGGUGAAUAGCAGCAGUGAAGAUAACUCCAAGUCAACCUUUGGUAAAUGCGGCGCUGGCGCCUGGAGGAUGCACCAGAGCUACGAUCCACUGGAGGCCAACCACAUGAGAGACGCACAUGCCCUCUACAACCCCAGGCUUCUCUGCAGAAUGUCCAGUAAGGAGCGCCACCUUGAGUCCAACUGUCCGUCCUCUUAUAUAAAGACUGAGCCGUCUAGUCCUGCCUCCUUGACUGACAGUCUAAACCAUCACUCCCCUGGCGGCUCCAGUGACGCCUCAGGCUCAUAUUCAUCCACGAUGAACGGCCACCCCAACGGUUUAGACUCCCCUAGCCUUUACGGUUCCAACGCAGGGCCCCUGGGUCCUGCUGGCGGCCCUGGAUCAAAGCGUUACGAGGACUGUUCGUCGACUAUUGGGGAAGAUUCACAGAUUAAGUGCGAGUACAUGCUGAAUUCGAUGCCCAAGAGGCUGUGUCUGGUGUGUGGAGACAUUGCAUCAGGGUAUCACUAUGGAGUGGCAUCCUGUGAGGCCUGCAAGGCCUUCUUCAAACGCACCAUCCAAGGCAACAUUGAGUACAGCUGUCCAGCCACCAACGAGUGUGAGAUCACCAAGAGGAGACGCAAGUCGUGCCAGGCCUGCCGCUUCAUGAAGUGUCUGACUGUGGGCAUGCUGAGGGAGGGUGUUCGUCUGGACAGGGUUCGUGGUGGGAGACAGAAGUAUAAACGCCGGAUAGAUGCAGACAACAGUCCAUACCUGAACCCACAGCUGGCUCUACCCCCCAAGAAGCCAUUUGCCUUUGGCUGCCUUGCAGAUAACAAAAUCGUCUCUCACCUGCUGGUGGCCGAGCCAGAGAAGAUUUACGCCAUGCCUGACCCGACAGUACCAGACAGCGACAUCAAGGCCCUCACUACGCUUUGCGACCUGGCAGACAGAGAGCUGGUGGUCAACAUCGGCUGGGCCAAACAUAUCCCAGGUUUCUCCACGCUGUCUUUGGCAGACCAGAUGAGUCUACUGCAGAGUGCAUGGAUGGAGAUCUUGAUCCUGCGUGUUGUGUACCGCUCACUGUCCUUUGAAGACAAGUUGGUGUAUGCUGAGGACUACAUAAUGGACGAGGACCAGUCGAAGCUAGCUGGACUUCUGGACCUGAACAACGCCAUCCUUCAGCUGGUCAAGAAAUACAAAUCUAUGAAACUAGAGAAGGAGGAAUUUGUCACUUUGAAGGCCAUUGCUUUGGCUAACUCAGACUCCAUGCACAUUGAAGAUGUGGAUGCAGUGCAGAAGCUCCAGGAUGUGCUCCACGAGGCCCUGCAGGACUACGAGGCUUCCCAGCACCAGGAGGAUCCCCGCCGGGCAGGCAAGCUGCUCAUGACCCUCCCCCUGCUCCGCCAGACCUCCACCAAGGCUGUGCAGCACUUCUACAGCAUCAAGCAGGACGGCAAAGUCCCAAUGCACAAACUCUUCCUGGAGCUGCUGGAAGCCAAGGUCUGAGGACAGGAGAAUAGAUGGAGGACAGCUACACACCAGUCUGAGCCACCUGAGCUUCACCUCAAAUUCUAAACAGCAACUUUGAAUGACCUCUUGCUCUUUUACACGCACACACUCUUACCCACACACACACACCCUCACAGAAAUAUGUCCCUGAAGUAUGUCUGCUGACACAUCCCCCUAUGAAUAAACAAGUAAUCUAAACCUCUUACCUGAACCCCUAAAACUCCAUCGUCUUUGAGAAAAAGGCGCCCACUUGACCUUCUGUUUUGAGGACGAUGCUGGCAGACUGACAUAACUCCCCUAUUACCAAGGGAAGAUGAUAAUUCCUUUUAAAACUAUUAACAAUCACAUAACAGUUUCCACGGUGACUCUGAACACUGAUGAGGGCCAAACAGUCACUUAUGCAUUUAAUAACGAUUAAUGACAAACGCUUAAAUGAGGACACAUUUAAAAGGAACUGAAAACUCCUCAUUUUAGUUCUGAGAGACUAAGACUGCACUCGUGUCUCCUUUUCCCUCCCUAUUUCCCCCAACAGAAUUUUUUAAGUGUUCAAGAAGAAAACGAGGGGGAGAAAAAUGAACACUAAAGAAGUAUUAAUGACUUUUGUUGUCAAAUUACACGUACAAUGAAAUUUGGAUGGAUGGACAGAAAGAAAAGAAGAGGAGAUUUGCCCUGCCAAAGAAUGGAGCUCAUCCAUUCAGAGGAUGCCAGCAAACUUUACUAUCAUAACCCAAAACUGUUUCUGGUUUGAUCUACCAGUGGCUUUCAGUCCUGGGCUUCAAGAGAGCUGCUGGUUUUCUGUUCCACCAGUUAUUUGAAAUUGUUGUGGUUUAAUUAAAAACCAGCAGGGCUCAGACUUUCAAGGACCAGGAUUGUAAACCACGGCUGUAAACACUUUAUGGUUCUCCCUAAAUUCAGUUCCUGGUUUCCCAUGACUCCCCUACUUUGACUACAACUUUACUAUUUGUUGUAUUAGUUAGGGACCAGUGAUCCUGGCCUUCCAAACCUGUCAGUAUUACCACAAUAUCAGUGUUUGUACACUUGAUGUGGCUGAAAAUGGAUUCAAAUAUUCUAACCACUUGAGGAAUGAUUAACUUACAGAGUUUAUAAGUGAAUAUAUUACCUACGAAUAACAAAACGAGACUGAAUGGAUUCCUGCUUAGUUGACUGGUAGAUGUAGCCUCAAUUCACAUCCUCUGUGAUGCUAUAUAUUCUGUCAAACACUCCUCUCAUGUUUGGAUGUCUGUUUGAAACGUUUUCAGCUGCUCAGUGGCCGAGGUUUGCGGCUCUCCACGUACCAGUCAGUAGCAAUUUCAGUCUGUCAAUGAGAAUAGUGCCAUUAAGAGUAGUCCAGCCUAUGCUCAUCACCCAAACUCCAAAAAUUUCAAAAUGUCACUUCGGUACUUCCUCUCCUUGCUCCAUUGCGUUCACAACUUGCAACUCAUCUCUUGCGUCAGUAGACAGAUGUGUUUGUCAUUCAUUCAGCGAGUGAUGAGGGAGCUUCAGUCACUCAACACAAUACAAACCAGAGGGAAAGGUGUGCUGACAAAACUGAGUGAAAAACAACUAUUGUUGCUUUCAAACUCCUUAUUUUUUUCUUAAUUUCUAUCUUGAAAAUAAUCUUAGCAACGAUACCAUUAUUAGGGUUGUAAAUAAUUGUCAUCCUGUAUAUGACAUAUACCACGGCUUUGUUUUUGUUAUUGAUAUUGUCUUCUUAAAACUGAAUCAGUCGAUAUGUCUUUCCUUUUUUUCAGCUUGACCACUUUCAGCAAUUAUCAUAUAUAUAUAAAUAUAACAAGUAAUAAUGUAUUAACAAAUCAGCGUUUAUCUUAGAAACUCUGAGCAAUAGUGGUUUUUAAACGAGGGGUUUGUGCAUAUGGACUAAGUCUGCAAUAUUAACAUAACGUGCCAGUCUUAAAUUUGGGAGCGAAAGGAUGGGGAUUUGAGGAGAGUUUGUAGCUUCUCUUUAUCGCUGUGUAACUUGCCAUAAGCUAUUAGAUAACAGUCAAGAUUUCCUUUGUUAGUAACUGUUAAGCAAGAACAAAUAUGGACCAGGAAUGUCAGGAUGAGAUUUUAAUGCUGCUGUCACAUAAACGCUGGUCAGUACUAGGGUUAAAGAGGUA